GGUUCAGUUGGCUAACUCAUUUACCUGGCAGGGGGUGAACUGUUUUACAAAUGCUUGACAAUAAAAUAGUAAAGUUAUACCUAAAAAGGGAAUUGUCAACAGAAUGACUGCGAAAGAUGAAACAUAUUUGUGGCGAGAGAAGAUUGAGGAGAAGCUCAAACGGGAUCAAGAUCUGCUGACAUUCGUUAGCGACAGCCUCAAAAGAAGUGAUCAGCUGACUAAAGGCAUGGUGUCCAUUCUCUCGUCGUUGGAGGGCCGUUUGGAGCACCUGGAGAACUCGGUCAUUCCCAUGCACAACAGCACACAGAACCUACUGCAGCUGAAGGGGACAACGCAGAAGACAUUAUUCUACCUGGACGAUGCCAUCAGCCAUUACCAAGCCGUCCGAGACACAGACAAGGUCAUCAUACAGGGGCCUACAGGAAGACUAUCUGACUAUCUAGCCUGUGUUCACCGACUCAAGAAAGCAGAGGAGUACUUUCAACAGGAAGACCCGGACGGGCCUGAGCUGAAUAUGCUGAGAGGUCGUUUAGAGAGUGCCAAGUCACAGUUGGAGUCCGAGUUCCAAGUCCUGUUGGGGCGCUACAGCAAGCCAGUGCAGACAGUCAGAAUCCUGGAUGUCCUGGACAAAAAGUCACUGAAUGGGUCUGCAGGCGGAGUGGAGGAGGUACAACUCAUACCCCAAACUAGGCUUCAGGACAUCAUCUCCAUCUCCACCUGGCUGAUAGGUGAGGAUGCAGCUCUGACAGCUAAGAGGAGAGUCUCUGCCAGCAAAUUCAAAACACGGUCACUGGAAAGAAACCCAUCCCACCACUCUCAGGGAAAACUGGAGCCCAGCAGCUUUUUCACCAAUAAGUCCUACUGCUCCAAACUCAAAACACAGUCUCUAGGCAGAAAGCCAUCAAUAGAAAACAAGCCAUCAAUGGACUCUCUUGGAAAACUGAAAGCAAACAGCCUGUUCACCAAGAUGAUCGGCCUGAAGUCAUUUGGUAAAUUCAAAACGCUGUCCCUGGACAGAAAGCCAUCACUAGACAAGAAUUCAUCACUAGACUCCCUCGGAAAACUGGAAUCCAGUAGCUCUUUCACCAAGGUAUCCACCUCGAAGCCGUACAGCAGACUGAAUAUUCCCGAUAUUAGACAACCGUCUUUGGAGUCCAUCCCAUUUCUGCCUAGAGACUCCACCUCCCAUACCUUCCCAUCUUGCAAACCCAAGCCCCCAGCUUCCACCUCCUACAUCCUGCCAUACUUCAGACCCAAGCCCAGCUCAGCCUUUGAUCUCAAGGCCCACUACGCCAUGGUGCGCUCCAAUCAGUUGGACUGCUCCAUGAAGGGUUUGAAGGACCACAAGAGUAGGAACCUCCUCUGCCCGGUGUUGCAGAGCAGGCGUGUGGAUUCUGCCGUCAAGAAGAACAAAAAAACAGGGCGGGACAGCAUAUUACACAUUGAGAUUGAGACCUACAUGGCCUGCAUCACAGCCUUCUUGUCCCUGGCCAAGAGUGAAUACACCAUGGUGUCCAAAGUCUUCCCUCUGAACUGCUCCAAUACCUUUGAAACUCUCAUCCAGGUGGCUCUGAACCAGCUGAUCCAGAAUGGGGAGAACAUCGUGUCCUCUGUCAGACGAGCCUGUUCACGUCACGACUACACAGCCCUUGUCGCCAUGUUACCUGUCCUGGGCCGUCUCCUGGAGGAGGACAAAGAGUUUAACAUGUUACUAAAGUGCACAACAAGCGGCACCUUGGCCAAGUUUUCCAAACUCGUUACAUCUAUGAAGACCCUGGCAGCCAGAGCACUGACGGACUUUUCUGCUCACGUCAAGAACAACCCUGAUAGGGAGAGUAUGUCCAAGGAUGGAACGGUGCAUGAAUUCAACAGCAAUACAAUUCUAUUCCUGCAGCAGUUGCUGUCCUUUGCAGAUGCUGUUCGGUCCAUCCUUUAUCCUCAUGAUGUAGACAGUGACACAGUAACUAUGGAGGUGUCCAGUAGUGUUCAGGUGGACGUUCAACAUGACACUGAUGCAGAUGAAUCAGAAGAACAGCCAUCAGACAGUCAGGAGUCCAAGGGGAAUGACGAUCAGAGAGCACUGAGUCCUUAUGUCUGUAAAGUGCUGGAGCAUCUCCAGUACAACCUACAGAGUAAGGCCAAGGUGUACGAGGACCACGCUCUCGGGGCCAUCUUCCUCCUCAACAACUACAACUACAUCCUCAAGUCAAUAAAGAAGUCAUCUCUGUUUGAAGUGGUUAAAACCAGCGGCAGGGAUCCGGAGGUUGAGUACGGGGAACUGAUUGAGCAACAGAAGCAGGUGUACCAGCACAGUUGGUUGAAGGUGACCGAGUGCCUGACUGAAAAGAAUCUGCCCACCUUUAAGCCAGGUGACAAGUUGAAAGAAAAAGACUGUCAGGUAAUUAAAGACAAGUUCAAGAGCUUCAACGAGGGCCUGGAGGAACUGUAUAAGGCUCAGAAAGCGUGGGCCAUCCCAGACAGAGAGCAGCGCCAGGCCAUCUGUCAGGCCCAGAGAGAGAUGGUGUCCAAGGCCUACAUAGCCUUUCUGCUGAGAUGUGACCAUGAUUUCUCCAAACACCCUGAGAGAUACCACAAAUACAGCCCAGCGCAGGUGGAGGAGAUGAUCGAGAGACUAUUUGAUAUCUCAGCCUGAGGUUGAGAACCUGCUUAGUUAGGAGAUAAUAAGGUCUUCACACUGCCUCUAUAGGAAAUAACACACUGAUUUGUUUCCACACUACUAAUACUACAGCUUCAGUCCCCAUUACAUGUAUUCAUUAGAGUUCUAGGCCUCUAUUCUGGGGGAUUACAGUGCUUCAGUCCCCAUUACAUGUAUUCAUUAGAGUUCUAGGCCUCUUCUGGGGGAUUACAGUGCUUCAGUCCCCAUUACAUGUAUUCAUUAGAGUUCUAGGCCUCUUCUGGGGGAUUACAGUGCUUCAGUCCCCAUUACAUGUAUUCAUUAGAGUUCUAGGCCUCUUCUGGGGGAUUACAGUGCUUCAGUCCCCAUUACAUGUAUUCAUUAGAGCCCUAAUUGCUAAAUGUAUUAUUACACAUAUGACUGGCUAGUUCUAAACGUGUUUAUAUAAAUAUUGUUAAAGCCCUACUUCAGAAUAAACAUCUAUUUAUUUUACCCAGAAAUUCAAAACUAGCUUUUUGUUUGUGCUUGCAAAAUUUCUGAAGACCCAAAUACACCAAUAUUUUUUGAAAUGGUUGUUAAAAGCGAAUAAAGAAUUUAUGACCAGAAAUCUAAUUGGUUGAUCUUACAUUGAGAACCAAAGGAGAAAUAUAAAAUGACGACUGCAUAAACAAUGAGGACGGUGAGAUAGAUACAGAAACAGAUCAAGUCCACUUUGUUGGCAAAGCGAUGGUGUAUAGCAUUUUUCUGGUCUUGUGCAGCCAUUUUGUUGAGAAACUUCACCACCUUCUGGAGGGCUGUAUUCUUCUCUUCCUCUGAGGCUUUAAUAUCAGACUUGGAUUCUAGACAAAGUAAAGGAGAGAAAAAAGGAUAACCUAUUAUUAAUAUAACAUGAUUAAAUAAAGAUGUAAAAAAUUAUUGACCUUUUUGUAAAAUGACAGUUUUCAGUGAUAGAUGAAAGAUCAAAUGGAGUAGCUGUCCAGACCAGCGUAAACGCCAGACAAAUGAUGCUAACAAGAAAAUAUGCUGGGAAAGACUGCAUGCUUUAACUGCAGCUAAAGGCAGUGAGUCUUUGGACUUGGAGAGGCUGCAGGGCCAGAGAGUGCCACACUUAGCCAGGCGUGUCAGCACCAUAGACUGCAACGUGCUCAACACCAGGAUGACCAAACAGAAACAGAAGUGCUUUCCUAUGGAGAACAACGAGAGAGAGAUCUGAGUGUUAUAUGGUGGCAGAGGUCCUGUAUACAUGAAAACGACAUCAGUGUGCUGCUACCAGUAUAUCUUUCUUUACUGUCCCUGUAACAUACCGGGCUGGAAAUAGUGAAACUCUGCACCCAACAGAUCACUGUUGCUGUUCAGGAUCACUGCUCCCAAAUUGACAACAUACCAAACUAUUGAGCUGCAGAAAAAUAUCAAAUUCGAUAGCUCCCUUGGCGACAUUAAGCUAGCUGUGGAAUAAGCUUCUGGAACAUUAUUAACUCUGUUACAUACACACCAUUUAUAACAAAAUGCUGUUUCAUUCUGGUGCAUUACACACAGGAUACUCACGGAUGAUGGGGCUGCACUGGCCUCCUCCAGGCAGUAGGUCGUUGAGGAUGAUGAGGAACAUGAUGAAGCUGAGAACCAGUGUAACCUUGAAUGAGAUACGCUCGCCCCCUCCCAGUGGCAGGGAGAAGCUCACCACAUCUGCCACAAUGAUCAGUAUACUGGGCAGGACCAGGGACAGAAACGGGUUUUCAGACCGCAUUUUCAGCGACACCUGUGAAGACAGAUGGGUAGGCCAGACUGAAAUCAUUUGUUUUUUGAGUUCUUGCGUCUAAACGUUUAGCAUUUGUUUAAAGUUGAAAGGGAAGAGCAUUACUUUCCAAAAUCAGACUCAGAUGUUUUCAGAACUCUUAAGAAGCCUUAUGUCAAUGAGUCUACAUCCUUCACCGUCGGUUGUGCAGAUCCAACUAUGCCUUCACCCCAAUUAAUGGGAAAAGAAACGCACUGCAAAUUUGGAAUUGACAUGGUGCUCAUCUUUUUAAUUCAUUUGGAAUUGUGGCAUGUAACUGGGUCUACACACAAAUACACAGCCUGGGAUGUGUAUUUGUCUCAACGGAACACUACUUAUGAAAGGUAUAAAAACAUCUGAUACAUUUUUAUUUAAGUGUAUUGUAUUUUUUCUGUGUAAAUGUUGUUCAAGCUCUGCCCUUAAAAACAGGAAGAGUAAAGUAUCUUUACAUGUCCCACAUAAACUACUGAAAUCACCAGGAACACUCACUAACCCAUAGAUAAAGAUACUCUACAUGUCACAUAAACUACUGAAAUCACCAGGAACUCUCACUAACCCAUAGAUAAAGAUACUCUACAUGUCACAAACUACUGAAAUCACCAGGAACUCUCACUAACCCAUAGAUAGUUGCGAUCAUCUCUGAAUUGUGGCAUGUAACUGGGUCUACACAAUACAUAGCCUGGGAUGUGUAUUUGUGGGUCUGCACAAUACAUAGCCUGGGAUGUGUAUUUGUGGGUCUACACAAUACAGCCUGGGAUGUGUAUUUGUGAGUCUACACAAUACAGCCUGGGAUGUGUAUUUGUGGGUCUACACAAUACAGCCUGGGAUGUGUAUUUAUCUCAACGGAACACUACUCAUGAAAGGUAUAAAAACAUCUGAUACAUUUUUA